AUGGUCGCUACAACAACAGCCACAUCCACUAUUACAAGUGAUACCACCACCAGCAAUAACAACAACGCUUUUGUCAAUCAACCACUACCACCUCCAUCUACUGAAUAUAAGGCCUUUUUUCCAAGUACUUCAUCACUCGCUAAUCAACACCAUCAACUUUCAAAACAAGAGAUCAUUAAUAAUUUGAUUGACCUAGCCAGACAAGAGCAAGCUAAAGGUAAUACAUCUAUUACUUCAGAUAAGUUAGAUAAGCUUCAAGGUAUCUUAGAGAGCAGCAGCAGCAACAACAACAAAUCUCAAUCACUUUCAAAUAAGAGCUCAUAUAAUUUUGACAAGUUUCAACUGUUUAAACAAAUUCCUACUGAUAAAGCCAAACCUAGAGCUAAACCAAAGUAUCCCCCUUUUUUUGACAAAUUUGAUAUUGACAAAUCCGUGGAAAAGAAGGAGUCUUCAACAACAUCAUCAUCACAAGUCUUGGAGAAAAAGUCAACUACCACAUCCAUCAAGAAGAGGCAAAGAGGUAGCAAAUUUUUCAAAGCAAAGAAGUUUUCAUUCAAACAAUUGGAGUUUAUGUUUAUAAAUUUCCUUGAAACUAUAGCCAACCUUUUAGAUAACUUGCAUUUACUUUCAAACUUACCAAUGUUUCCCCAAGCUCUUACCAGGUUGUUGAAACAAACGAAUAAACUAUGGGUAUUGAUUCUCGUGUUUUUAAUAAGGAAAACCAUAUCCCAAUUGUUAAAUGUUAUACGCAAGAUUAGAAAAGUGCACACUGAGUUGAACAUUGUCAACAAUUCCCAGAAAAGUGAACUUUCCAAACCGGUCAAUGAAGAUAUUAAUCGUAAAUACAACAAGAUUUUGAAGGAUUUGAAAUUUGACAAGAUGAUGCUCAUAUUUGAAUUAGUGGGAAAUUUUCUUGAUUUGGUUUUCAAUCUCAUUGAAUUGAGUGAAAUAAGUGUACCCAAUUGGGUAAUGAGUACAUUAAAUGUGGCUAGUAUGGGAAUGACCAUCUAUAGAAUGAAUAAGGAUGAUGAGUACAUUGAUGAUGAUAUCACAGAGGAUUUGAUAUGA